ACGACGUGUAACCUCCAUCACGCUAGGGGGGGCUGCAAUCACAAUUCUGCGCCAGUUCAUCAGCCCGUUGCGUUGUAAAGACGAGGAAGUGAAGUGUCAGGAUUGCAAAUGGAGCGGAACCUAAGUGGUGCAUUGUAAAUCAAAGCAAGACGCUCAUUACUGCAAAUAUGUCGGAAGACCUUUAUGAAAAGUUCCUCGCCCCCGAGGAGCCUUUCCCAUUACUCUCCCAACGAGGAAACCUCAGCGAAGUCGGUACAUUGGAUGUUAGCGAUUUCGGCUGUCAACUGUCAUCUUGUCAUAGGACAGACCCUCUACGUCGCUUCCAUAGCAACAGGUGGAACCUCACCUCCUGUGGGACCAGUGUAGCCAGCUCAGAGUGCAGUGAAGAGCUCUUCUCCUCCGUCUCUGUCGGGGACCAGGAUGACUGCUACUCCCUGCUGGACGAUCAAGACUUCACCUCCUUUGACCUCUUCCCUGAGGGCAGUGUCUGCAGUGACGUGUCUUCCUCCAUCAGCACGUACUGGGACUGGUCAGAUAGCGAGUUUGAAUGGCAGUUGCCAGGAAGUGACGUGGCUAGUGGGAGCGACGUGCUGUCAGACAUCAUUCCCAGUGUUCCGAGCUCUCCCUGUUUGGUCCCCAAGAGGAAGACCAAACAGCACAGGAACCUUGACGAGCUCCCCUGGAGUGCCAUGACAAACGACGAGCAGGUGGAAUACAUCGAAUACCUGAGCCGGAAGGUGAGCACUGAGAUGGGACUGCGGGAACAGCUGGACAUUAUAAAGAUCAUCGACCCGUGUGCUCAGAUCUCCCCGACAGACAGCGAAUUCAUCAUUGAGCUCAACUGCCUGACGGACGAGAAACUGAAGCAGGUGAGGAACUACAUCCGGGAGCACGGCCCGCGGCAGCGGCCUGGCAGCACGCGGGAGAGCUGGAAGCGGAGCGGCCACAGCAGCGGCAGCGCGAGCGGCGUGAGCGCCGCCAGCAGCAGCAACGGCAGCAUGGUGAGCAGCGCCAGCAGCAGCGCCGGCUCCAGCGCCUCCAGCAUCAGCCGCGCCCACAGCGACGGCAACCUGUCGGCCAGCGCCGCCGAGCGCAUACGCGACUCCAAGAAGCGCUCCAAGCAGCGGAAGCUGCAGCAGAAGGCCAUGCGCAAGCGGCAGCUGAAGGAGCAGAGGCAGGCGCGCAAGGAGAGGCUCAGCGGCCUCUUCCUCAACGAGGAGGUGCUGUCGCUCAAGGUCCCCGAGGAGCAGGACCACGAAGGGGACGUCGACGUCCUGAUGUGACAGGAGUGAACACCUCAGUGUGCCUUCUACGCCUCGGGUUCACCGUACGCGGGUAUUGGCAAAUUUAAAAAAGAAUAUUAAAAAAAAAAAAACGAACAAAAAAACAUUGUGACACGUAUGAAGCAUCCCACACGAUUCUCGUAGCCAUCGCCUGGCCAAGUGAUGCACAUGAAAUGCCUAGAAUUAGAGACUAAAGCACCUGGAUUUUUUGAGAAAAUAAAGCGCUUAUUCGCCAGUUUGAAGGCAUUUCAUUUCCUAUAUGGCCUUAGCUUCAACAAUCCGACGCUUCUAAAAAAACAAAAAAUCAUGAUCUUAGAUUGAAUGUCAUCAUUUAAAAUGAUGCGCAAUAUUUACUCAACUGGCUAGUGUAUGAAAUGUCAUUGUGAUCAAGGCUUUGCAUAUCCGUAUUGGCGUCUAUACAGUUCUGUGUGACACAAGUGAACUCAAAUGAAGGCGUAGAGGGAACACUGAACCUUGUAUCUAAUGUGGGAGAAAAUUUGGUCCUUUGAAAAUGAACAUCCAUUAAGAUAUUAUUGUAAAUGUGAUAACUGCUCUCUUAUAUUGUACCGUGACGAAGAAGCAAAAUCAUUACCCAAAAUGUGCUGUUAUUUUCGCUUUGCAUUGACAAAUAAUUGUACUAACAUCGAAAUGAAAAAAUGGGUAAUUUAAGCCUGCUGUACAGUCAGCUUUUUCUUUUCUUUUUUCUUUCUGUGUAUUUCUUCCCUCCUCAUCCUCUUGUCCUUUUGGUUAUUGUGGGAUCUGGGUGUAUUGAACACAGAGUCAUCAUUUACACAGAUAUAAUGGAAUUUCCAUAUGCAAGGUCCCCCAAGUCAGAAGUCAUGAAAGCAAGUGCAUUUUACUUUAAAGAUGUGUUGUUGACUAUAGUGCACUUGUAGUUUUGUUUGUGGUGGCAUAGUGUACUGUGGAAACAUAUUUAUGCUCUUUAAAUGACCACUACACAUUGUAUCUGCUGUACAUUUGCUUACAAUUAUCUACAGUCAGUAUUUAUGGCCAAAAUGGAGAGAAGAUGCAUUGCUGUACCAUAAGUAAUAAAUUUCUAUUUUUUUUCUUGGAUUAACUGAAAAUGCUGAUAGUGUAAUACUUUCUCAGUGUAGUUAAGAAUUUUGCAUUCUAUUUUGAAAUUGGGUUGUAAAAUAAGUCCAGAGUGUUGACUUUCAAUGACAGAUUUUACAUUUCAUUGGUUGUUGUAGUGUUGGAAAUGUCAUUGAAUUUCAGAAUUAAUAAAUAGUUUUUGUUGUAUUACGUAUUCUGGUAAUUUCCGACGCAUUAUUAUGAAAGGUAGUGAUAAGAGACAAGCUUCAUGAAACCAAACAGGGUGGCACUAUUAGUGACUCUCAGAUUUGAACCAGCCAUUUUACUUUGCUGUGAAGAGAAAAAUAAAAUGAAGGCCAAAACUGACAGGUCACACCCACUCAUCACUACAAAAAGGGACGCGGCCUCUAAAAAGUCCUCGACUACCUUGAUUGCUUUUACAGGUGUGAAAGGUAACAGUUUAUUUUCCCCAUUAUACUGUUUCCAGUAAAGAUGGUUCCUUUUCUUUUCCUUCUUUUGAAAUUGGUGUAUCACUGUAAAUAUGCCGAUGAAUUUUAUAGCAUUUAUUUUUCAAUGUAUUUUUCUUCUCUCCCCAAGUAUGUAUAUGUACAUAUAUAUAUAGUCUGAUUAGGUGCAAGAUUAUAUAGUUUAAGUGUAGCAUUUAUUUACUCUAGUCACUGAUUUCAGUCAUGUAAAUGUUAAAUCAAAAUAAGAUUACAUACUUUAUGCAAGGUGUGCCACAUCAGACAUGGUAGUCAUGAAAAUAAUUUUACUAAUAAAGGAAUAUACACUAUAUCUUUUAUCAUAGGUUAAGUAAGGUUUCCGGAUGGAGGACCAUACGUGUUCUGUACACUCAGGCUAGUGCACUACUUUUACCUUUCAGUAGUUUAAUGGCAGUUCCUAUAAAGGUGAAAAAUGAAUGAACCUGCUAAUAUAGGAUGUAUGGCUUGAAGUGAAAUUAGCUUUAUUUACAUGAUUGUACUAACAUAUGACUUUGUACAUAGGCCUUCAUUCAGUUUGUUGAACCAUGUAUUUUGUGUUGCUUUCCUAAUUUAGGUACGUAUUGUACAAUAUAGUACUGCACAUUUGCAGUACAUAGAUGAAUUAAAUGCAGUACAAUAUAAUAAAAUUAACAUUCAUGUAAAAAUAGAAAAUGAGGCCUUCUAUGAAAAAUGCUAUUUUAAAAAUUUUAUUUUAUAGUCCAUUACAUCAUUACAACUCAAGAGGUUUAGGAAUUAAACCAAAUCCAAGAGCAACAUAAUUAUGUGAUCAGACCGCAGCGCUUAGAGGUAUUGUAUUGUGUAAAUGAUAUUAAAUGUACAUCCCCUCCUUA